AUGCCCCGCGAAGCUAGUCGCGUUUCUCAACGACGUAAAUUCAAGGUCCAGAGCGAGUUUGGCAACGCCAGAGGCUGGAGAAGCAGGAAGAACAGGCCCUGCGACGUGUGCCGGAAGAGGAAGACGGCGUGCGUAAUCACCAGUACUCCACCAUGUCUGUUCUGCAAAGGAAGGGGUCUUGAAUGCAAGUCGUCGACCGGGGCCGCAGCAGCAUCUGCAUCUGUGCCCACAGCAUCCAUCGCGGCCUCCUUGAGUGGUUUGGCCGAUGAGAGGGCCAUUGGUUUGGUUUCAGGAUUGAUUCCCCCUGAAGGCGGCCCGGAGAAUCCAGUUAAUUUAGGAGUGGAAGAGGUCCACGAUAUUGUCGGUACACCAGAUGAAUCCGACAGGCCGGUGACAGGAAGCGUGGCCUUCACCGGCCAUACGCCGUCCUCACCCUACACUGCAAACCAUGUCCAAGGGCGAUACGGCCAGGAUGCAUCCGACCCAUCCGCAGCCUUUCGGCCAGAUGACAUCGAGAUCUGGUCUUUGGAAGACAAAGAGAACAGAACAGCACACAGUAUGGGCCCAGCAGCCGAACAAGAUACCCAUCUCCUCGCGUCGUUUCGAUCAGACAUCCUUAGCGGACCGACUGAUAUAGACGCCGAAUUCGUUCAAGUCUACGAGGGCAGCCAAUACCCCUGGGAUCCUCCAGUACACUUUUGCAUUCUUCAAGACGAGUUCGCAGCACACGACGAUGAGGUCAAAGCAGCGGCCUCCCGUGCUAUCGAGGACCUCGUAGUGCCACAUGGGCCUCUUCUUGUCAAGCUGUACUUCCGACAUGUCCACCCAGUCUUUCCCAUCUUGUCCAAAGCUCCUUUUCUUACACAGUACUCUGGCGACAAGACCAAGCUCCCAGCUUCUCUUCGCGGAGCAGUGUAUGCCCUCGCCUCCGUGUUUUGGGAGAGUGAGCCUUCCUCGCAUGGGCCAUUUUCUUUUCAACAGCAUGAGCUCGCAGAUCUCGCGGCAGACUCUUUGCAGCGAGAGCUCGACUCUCCCAACCUCGCGAAGCUGCAAGCGUCUCUACUACUCCUUCAUAUGAUGCCCAACAGAGUAGACAGCAUUGCACACCCCAAGACUUGGACAUCCACGGCGCAGGCCGUUGCCAGCGCCCAGAUGAUCGGUCUGCAUCAAGACGCGGAGAAGUGGAAUAUUCCCAAAUGUGAGAAGCGGCUGCGGAGGAAGCUAUGGUGGGCGACAUAUGUCACGGAUGUGUGGUCUGCUAUAUGCCAUGGGAACCCGCCCCAUAUCUACCCUGCCUCGUUCAACACUUCGAAUAUCACAAUGGAAGAUCUGCGAAAUGACGAAACCGUUCCCGAAGAAUUGCGGCAUUUCGUAGACCCUAGCUGCGUAGGAAUCGACCUGGCCACCGGGGCGCGGUUCCUUGAGCUUGUAAAGCUUAGCCAGGCUCUGCAUGAGUUGAUCGACUGCAGUUUCCAGGUUCCCCGGCUGCUACCUCCACAGUCACGCAAUGGAGAAACGGAACGUCGUCGGCGCCAACUCGCACUGCAAGACGAACUCCAUGGCUGGCAGAUGCUGCUGCCCCAAUGUCUUGCAAUUUCUUCACCGGGCAAGACCUCGGGGUCUUCUAAUAAUGCGCCCCUUCAUCUGGCCUACUAUGCCUACCUAGCCCUCCUUUAUCGAGCACUAAUGAGUCCCGCAACCAAAAUCGCAAAGUCAACAUCAUCUUCUAGCCUUUGCCAGUGGUUCAGCACGGCUUUGGUCAAGUUUGAGAGUUUCACAAAGUUCAUGAAUAUCAUCUCACUCGAAGACUUGAAGGGCUUCUGGGGGCGCCAUGCGCGAUCUCAGCUCGUACUUUGCGGCAACUUUCUCAUCUAUCUUUUCCUCCUCGCCUCGGAGGCAGCUGAUGUAACCUGCGCAUUCCGCCUAAUCGAAGGCUUCCACGAGUCGCUCCAGAGGCUGAAAUCCCAAUCCGAACCAACUUAUGAGCUGCUGAUUCUUCCUGUUUCACUACGCAUAGAGUCCUUCUUUACACAAGCAGCAGACCGACUACGGGGCCCUUCGCUGCCGCGCGAUGCGGUCACACCGAGUAUCUCACAUGGUGUUCGAUGA